AUGCCUAAAAUUGGUACUCACGACGGGUCUUUUCACUGUGAUGAGGUCUUUGCUAUCUUCUUGUUGAAAUCACUUCCCGAAUACAAUAACUACGAAAUUGUGCGAAGUCGUGAUAAAGACGUAUUGAGCUUAUGUGAUAUUGUAGUUGAUGUCGGUGGUGAGUAUAACCAUGCCGCGAUGAAAUAUGACCACCAUCAGAGGGACUUUGCUCAUACAAUGAACACGUUGGGAGUAAUGAAUUUCCAUACCAAAUUAAGUUCAGCAGGCCUCAUUUACGCUCAUUUUGGGAAGAAUGUUAUUAGCUCUUUGCUUGGGCUGCAACAUGAUUCAAUCAUUGACGUUUUAUUCAAAAAAGUUUAUCAAACAUUUGUGGAAUCUAUUGAUGCAAUAGACAAUGGGAUUGCUCAGUUUGAUGGUAAACCAAGGUAUUAUUUGGGUGGUACGCUCUCGUCUCGAAUUUCAAUGUUAAAUCCUGCAUGGAAUGAGGAUACAGUCAACGUACAUGAAAGAUUUAUGAUGGCAAUCAAGUUGGUUGACAAAGAAUUCAAUGAGCUGCUGACUUAUCUUCAUAAAUCUUGGCUGCCAGCGCGCAGCCACAUUAUCAACGCAGUCACUCAUCGUUAUGAUGUUGACAAAAGUGGCCAAAUAUUUUGCCUCGAAGGUGGUGGAAUGCCAUGGAAAGAUCAUUUUUUUCUCAUUGAAGAACAGUUUCAUUUAAAAAACGAUGAUAUUAUAUAUGUUAUUUAUGAAGAUAAUGUAAAUGCACAAUGGCGAGUGCAAGCUAUUCCAGUAAAUGAAAGACAACCUUUUGAAAAUAGGUUACCCCUUCCAGAGGCAUGGCGUGGUCUUCGUGAUGCAGAAUUGACGAAGGUAGCGGACAUACCCGGCUGCAUUUUUGUUCAUCCAUCUGGUUUCAUCGGAGGCAAUAAAUCAAUGCAAGGCGUAAUAGAAAUGGCGAGGAAAUCAUUAUCUCUCGCUGGGAAAUAUAAGAACUAA